AUGCCGUCCCCGACAACGCCAAAUCGCCCCUCCAACCAUGGAGGGACCCUGAAGACAUCCCCGGCCAAACCGCUGGAUAUCGGUGUGCCGUUAGGCAUUCAUGAUACGAACACAGUUCGCGCGCGGGUGCGCAAAUGGCAACAACAGGGUGGAGGUGUGAUCACGAUCGAUGAUGGCGCGUAUGGCGACGAUGACGAAGAAAACAAAAAGCAACCGGUUUCGGAGGCCAAGAAGGAGAAGACGGAAAAGGACAAGCUGAACAAGGAGAAGGGAGACAAGGACGGCAAGAAACCGCCCAUGCAGGUGAGGAAACGCAGUCACAGCACACCACGGAAACGAGUGGUCAGCGAUGAACACUGGCGGAGAAACCGAUCUUCAACGCAGUCGACAACGCGCAACCUACCGGUCCCCAAGCGCAUCAACCAAUACACCUCGAACGAAACUCCCGGGGCGCCGCAGGCCAAGAAGGAUAACCGGAAAGAGCUCGACCGAAGUAAAGUCUCCCCCGGACGUGUAUCAAACCGAGAGAAUGACACAGGUCGCGCGGCUCGCAAACAAGCCGAAUCUAAUGCGGAUAGCGACUGGGAGACCGACCGAGAACGCCCCAAGUCGGCGGUGCUAUCGGACGUAUCGUCGAAGCAUAAGCGACGAUCGCCGCCGCCCGAAGAUAUUGAUUGGACCCGGAGCGAGGCUGACUUUUCAGAAUUAUCGCGAAGACGUGCGCGUGGUCAUCCAGCCCCACCGAAAGGUGGAAUUUUCGCUCACAUGCUGGAUGAGUCAAGGAAGAUGUUCACUUUACCCAAGCCUGAGCCGCGAAAACCCCAACCGACUCCCAUAACGAAUGGUGGCGGCAAAAUCGAAGCUUGGCUGUCUGAGACUGCAGACCCAUUCGUGGAAGACGGGAAUAGAAGUGAUAUGCCGGGGCCUCUCGACAUCAAAUCCGCAAGAGAACGACGCACAAGGAAACUUGCAGACUCUGAGAUUUCCAGUACCAUCACUUCCGAAGCACCAACGGAGAGUGACUCUCGGCCAAAGAGUUCCUAUGGUCGACAAUCAAAGGAAAGGGAACGUCCCGUAUCGGCGGGCAAGGCUCGCAAGUCCCAGGAUGGCGAUGCAAGCUCGGAUGGACAGCGAUCGCAUCUCGAGAGAACUCCCAAAUCCAUCCCAAUUAGAAGGGAAAUACGACCUGCUCGCGAUUUUUCAUUUGAGCAUAGUGUCACAACUUCUGAUUCUGAAUUACAAUUGGGCUCGGAGGGCUCGGAAGUAUCUGCAAACAAUGCGCCUGUCCCACUCGGCCCCAAGCGUCCGUUCCCUAGCACUGGGAACCAUCGGCUCUCGACCAUUGCCUCUGCUGAAACUUUGAGCACUCUUCCUGAAGGUUCCUCCCUUUCCGCCCCAGCGGCGAUCUCGAACACCCCGCGAAGGGACAAGGCUACCGAGGAAUCAGAGGCCGCAGAAGCUCAAGACAAAUUCGACCCUAAUUCACUGCCUGUUGUGUCCUCGCAGCUCAAGCGCCGCCUUACCAACCACAAUGAUCUGAUGUCUGUGCUCUCAGUACCUGUCUCCAGAGCUAGAAGCAAUCGCUCCAGAGGAAGUAUCCGUACAUAUAAGAGCCGUCUCGCCAGUGCUACCAUUCCGGACCUUCUAUCCGAACUGUCAUCCGACGAGGCAAAAUAUAUGCGGGAACUGAAGACCCUGGUUGGAGGUGUCAUUCCGGUGCUGCUGACGUGUGUGUUAUCGCGUUCCGACUCGGCCAUCGCUGCGGGUUUAUUCAGGCCGUCCCUGGACCCCAAAGAUGAUAUGAAUUUCUCGAAGCCGAUUGUCAACAUGGGUGUCGCUAUCGAGCGUUUGAAGACCUUGCAUAAACGCAUCCCGCAGCAAGACCCAGAGGCUCUUCUCACAUGGGCGCAGGGCGCCCAAAGAGUCUACCGAGAAUACUUGAAAGCCUGGAGACUUGGCUUUAAGGACGUCAUUGUCAACCUUGCGCCGUUGGAGGAGGGCGAGGAGAAUGCUAAUGCGGACACGAAAAGUUUGGACGAAGGCAUGGAUAGAGACUCAAACGGCGACGUCAUUGACAGCGAGGGCGGAAAGGUGGACGUUGCUUAUCUGCUGAAGCGGCCAUUAGUACGACUAAAGUACCUUGCAAAGAGCUUCAGGGGAAUCAAUGCCCUCCAGCCGUCUCCCAAAGCCGAGGAGAUCGCCAGUGCCUACCAGGUCCUUGUGCUCGAGGCUCGCAAACGGGUUCGAGAUGAAAGAGCAAGACUCGAGGAUGAUUCGGCUGCUUGCAUCGAUCCAACUCGUGCGAGAGAUCCAAUGACUCUGGCCGCCCUCCGCGACAUAAAGGUUGACCCUACACGCCGUGUCCGAGCACGGGACUUCUUCAACCUUUCUUUCUACCAUUCGAGUGGACAGCUGAUAGAUUGCCGGGCUGAGCUACUCUACCGAGACAAUACCCCAAGCAAAGGACCCGGCGGGGACCUAUUGAUUUGCGAGAUCGACCACUCUGACCGGUGGUUGCUGUUCCCUCCCAUGGAUGUUCGAUGCGUCUCUGCACGACAAGGCGAUCUGAAGGGGGAAAUUGUGAUUAUGCUUCGCAGCGCACCAGAGGAGGAGAAAUACUGGCAAGAGCUCAUGUCUCUCCGUAUUGACGAUCUCGACAUCGGCCUGGAGUGGGUUCAGCUGCUUGGGUCUGAUCCCAUUCCCCCAGCAAUUUGUCGAAGCCAGAGCUUCAUCAGCCGUGCCAAGCAACACCGAGCUCGUAAAUCUGGACCGGAAUCCCCACCUAGAGCCAAUCCAAGUGAUGUUGAUAUUCCGAUCGGCGAGAAGCGCCGUUCGCUCACGAAAGAGCACUACUCGGAGCUGAGCACCGUCAGCUCCUCCGCCACUGAAAACAGAAGCUCUCUCCUUUCUUCAGCCACUCGGGAAACAGAUUACACAACCGGUGGCUCUGAGCUUUCGGCCAGACAAGCUCACCCCGGAUUGCCUGAUCUGCCUUCUACCUGGACGACGCCUGAGAAAGCUACGACUGGGUUAAAGAGAUCCAAGGCUAAAAGGCUCUCACGCUACGAAGAGAGCCCAAGCUCCGAGCCCGUAUCGCCCCAGACUGUGGUUUCAGAGAAGCUAUCUCAACCUCAGCCUGGAUCUCCUACGAAGAGUGGUAGAUUCUAUGGAGAAAAGAGCGAUCAGCCUCAAGGCGCUAGCUCUCCACAGCAGAAACCCCUUCGAAAGAACCCUCAGACACCGCGUGCUCAAACUUCGCCCGAGCCAGACUCCCCUCGCGUGUCAUCAGUUCCCUCAGCACAGCUUCCCUUGAUCCCAAAGAUCCGAAGCACCAGCAGUCAAACCCAUUUAUCAUCGCCCAACAGUGCUGAACCUGAAGAAGAGGACUAUCCGCCUUUGGAAUCUCUCCCUGAGCCAGAGCUUCCGGACUCUCCGACAAGGUCCAGUAGAAGACAAAAGUCCGCCCACAAGACCAAGGCCGAAGAUGCGCCUCCGCCUCCACCCCCGCAUCGCUCACCGAGCUCAUCAAAUGGAAAACUAUCCAACAGCCCUGUGCUGAGCGCAUCUAGUGGUCCCCUUAAGCGACGUGGCUCAUCUCCCUUGAAGCAUGAGUAUGAGCCAUCUACCGCCUCUGACUCUUACUCCGAUUCCGAUUCCGACGCAUCAACUGUCAGACACUACAACUAUUCUUCCUCUGAAUACACGGAUGAUUCUGGAUCGGACUACUCUUCCUCGUCUGAAACCGAAGAUGAAUAUGAAGUUGAACUCCCCAAACCAAAGGCUCCGGCAACCGCUACAUCCGAGACCAGUUCUCUGUCACCUUCUAACUCGGCCUCUCAAAGUGGUUAUCGGACUGUUCCGCUGCAACCUACCAAGUCUUCCAAGGCAUUUGCUUCAAUUUUUGCCUGGUCUGACAAAGGUGCCUGGGAAAGUCUCCUACCUGAUGAAUGCAGCCUCAUUGUGAGCCCUGGUCUGAUUGAGGCAUUCAAGAUCGGACCCGACUCAGAUGGGUCUUCGAAUGACCGCAGCUCUCGCUCCGCGAAGCCAAUGAUCUCCAUGGAACUUACGCCUCUCCGGUCUAAGGUCACCGCAAGCAAUAUUAUGUUCCGCUCCCGCAACCCCGAUGACUGUGAUGCACUCUACAGCCUCAUCAACCAAGCUCGUAUUAACAACCCAACGUACAUCGCCUUGCAAAAUGCUCGCGGUCCAUUCAGCGAACCCUCUCCCUCUUUUGAGUCCGGUACCGAAGGCGGCAAAACCUGGUUUGGUUUCCCUCGACGCCGGCGAAGCUACCGUGCCUCCGGCUCCCCACGUUCACUCGCCGAAGGCUCAGAAAGCAGUGUCGGAACCAUGAGUAGUGCCUUUUCAGCCCUCAAGCGCUUCGGUGCAGGCAGCAAGAUGUUCAACAUUGCUCGCUCAACAGUGACAUCUCGCACCGGAGAUAGAGACGGAGACACUCAACCCUCCUCAUCCUCCGGAAUCGGCCGCAUUGCCGCCGCUAUCAAGGGCGCUGAUGGCAUUGGUCUCUCCAAUGCGAAGAUCCGAAUUUACCUCCGCGAGUCCGCUUCCAAGUGGCGCGACAUGGGCGCCGCCCGAUUGACAAUCAUGCCGGCCGCACCCAAGAAUCCAUCUCGCCCGGGCACCGCAGUGAGUGGCCGGAGUGAGAACAGCGCGAACCAGGGGGAGGGCAGCUCGUCCGAGCCCAGCUCUGGCGCAGCAUCUCCACGCCGGGGCAUUGAUACUGAGAAGCGCAUCAUUAUCCGCGGCAAGACUCGCGGCGAAACGCUCUUAGAUGUGUGUCUCCCCGAAAGCUCAUUCGAGCGGGUCGCGCGCACUGGAAUUGCUGUCUCCGUGCACGAAGAGAAUGACGGCGGUGUUGCGCAGAAGGGUGGUGUGGGUACCAGCUCACAGCGUAUCUACAUGUUGCAAAUGAAGAGUGAAGCUGAAGCGGCCUAUACUUUCGGUCUUGUUGGAAAAUUGAGGUAUUAG